AUGAUGAUCAGUAUUACUGCAGCAGUGAUGUUCAUCGCCAUGCUUAUAGUUUGCUCAUUCCAUUUAUACAACAGAUGGUUUGGACAGUCACAGUCAGGUGGUGACAACCAAGGCCACAAAGAAAAUGGCAGCACCCAAUUUCAUGCUGAAAUUGAUUGUACGGUAUGCCUGAACAAGGUGUUACAAGGUGAACCAUUGAGGGUUCUACCAACAUGUCACCAUGGUUUCCAUGCUUACUGCAUUGAUGCUUGGCUCAAGUUACAUUCAACAUGUCCUCUUUGCAGGGCUGAUGUCCCUUGCAGUCAGCCAGCUCCUAAGCUUGAGGGUCUCGUUUCUUGGUUGUUGUCUUCGUUAACAAGUGUAAGUAACUGGAUGGAGAUUUCUUUUAAUGAUGAGAUCAAGACGGCCAUUUGUGCAGAUUUUGGAAGUUUGUCUUGA